GUAGAAAACAGAAGAUAAAAAAACAAGUAAUUUGAAGUUUUAGUACUAGAGCUAAGAUAUUGACAAAACGAAUUGCAUUGCAUUUAAGUAUCCUGCAGACUCAAGAUUUCUAGUUCUCUGGUAAAAAUCGAUACAUUGCAGCAUUUGGAUAGACAAAAUUCUUCUGACAAAACAAACUUGAAUGAUUCAGGCAGUAAUACAAACAAAUCUGUGUAUAUAAACUAAGCUGACAUAUAGACAAGAAACAUGCUUUCGCUGAAUACGAAAAUCGUCUUAGUUUGUUAAACGGAAAUAUCUAAGCAGCUGUAAAAUAAUGUUUGAGGAUAUGUUCAUUAUAAUAAUGUGUUUAACCUUUUGAAAACAGAUAGGAGUGUUGUAGAGCAGGAAUAACUUAAUACUAGAAUACUUUAAAUAAUACACAUACACACGUUUUCACGAGAAGUAUAUAACAAAAUGUUGUAUUUUAUACAGGCAAAAUACGUAUUCUACGUUGGAUAUUGAUAAUAUUUUGAUUAUAUGGAAAAUGCACACUCAUUGCAAUUAGACGUUACUGUAUGAAUCAUUGCUAAUUACCUCGAUUUAAGCAAAAUCACUGCAAUUUUAAAUUUCUUAUUUCGAUAGAAAUUAUAUUUACAUACAUUGGAUGUAAUUUUUCAUAAAAAAUAACAACAUGUUUUGUGCUGUGUACAGUUACUGUUGACAUGAAUUAUAAUGGAUAGGAUAUUUCUGCAUAGUUGACAGAAAAGUUGUCGUAUUACGUUUUGUAAGAAAUAAAUUGUCCAAUAUGGUAUCUGUUGGACUGUGUAUUUUAGAAACAAUAGCGGCAAUAGAAACUUUGCUUAAGGUUUCGCAGCAGUAUGCACUAUUACUGGAGCCAAAUGUCACAAACGUUGUUACAGCCGACAAUGAACCUUUUGAUGAACCAAGAACAGCACCUAGUGUGUCUCUCGUAUCGAUUCAUCAUUAUUCACGUCAUGGCUUGUGUAAAAGUUUUAAAGGCAAGAAAAAAUUAUAUAAAGCUAUGAAGACCAAAUUAUGUCUAACAAAAUUAUCAUUCACAGCGGAAUUUGUGAUGGAUUUAUGUAGCCAAAAACAUGGUAUGUUGGAGAAAUGGGUUGCGGCUUUAUUUGACAUCGACGGAGAUGGUUACAUUACACAUUUCGAGAAACAACUUUAUGAUAAUGAUUAAAUAAUGCAUCAUUUGUUUCCAUCUAUAAAACACUUCUGAUAACGUGAAUCCCGUGCAAGAUACUAAUGAAAAGUAAUGAGCAUGUUUUAUGUAAAAACGAUUGGUUAUUGUUGAGAUGAUAAUUGACGUAACAAAUUGUUUAUAACUUAUUGAAGUAUUUGAACUUUUAAGAUAAUUUUCAUGGAUUUUAAUUAUACUUUAUAUGUGUAUGUAAAAGGUAAGAUAAUUGCUUAUUUAAAGAAUAUAAGUACUAAUUAUUAUUUUUAAGUAUUAUGAAUAAAACUUUUGAA